GGAACGACGACGCUGGAGGACUAUGAUCUGGGCGUAAAGCUCGGAGAGGGGACAUUUGGAGUCGUGACCAAGGCGACAGAGAAGGUUGGUGGGGCGGUUGUUGCGCUCAAGAAGCUGAUCACGCACAAUGUGCGAGACGGAGUCUCGGUCACUACUGUGCGCGAAAUCAAGAUCAUCAAGGCGCUGGAGCAUGAGAAUGUGGUUCCUAUCCGCGCUAUGGUUGUUGACCGAAAACACCCGAAUGACAAGAGCGAGCGAGGCACCGUCUUUAUGGUCUUCCCAUACAUGGACCACGAUCUCUGCGGACUGCUCGCGAAUCGCAACUUUACACCUACCCAGGCUAUCUGCAAGACCCUCAUGCAGCAACUCCUAGACGGUCUUGCCUAUAUCCACGGGCAAAACAUCAUCCAUCGCGAUAUCAAGACGGCCAAUAUCCUCGUCGACCGUUCUGGGCAAGUCAUGAUUGCCGACUUUGGUCUCGCCCGCACCUGGACGCCGAAAGAAAUCAUGCCGCCUCAUAUGCAGAACGAGUAUACGAAUAUGGUAGUCACGCGAUGGUAUCGCGCCCCAGAGCUGUUAUUGGGGAAGACUAAGUACGGUCCGGAGAUUGAUAUGUGGUCUACGGGAUGCAUCCUCGGCGAGAUCUACCAUCGUCGUCCCAUCAUCUGCGGCGAAACGGACCGAGAUCAAUUGAGCAGGAUCAUCUCGCGCUGCGGACCGAUCGACGACGAGACCUUUCCGGGCUGGGCGGAUCUGCCGGGUUUCCCCGAUGCCAAAAACUUCCCGUGGGCGUCGACACUGCUGGAGGAUUUUAUCACCGAUCAGGCGCAGAAGGAGUGGGGGUGCGUUGCAUUCCUCGUCACGUGUGUGGAGCGCGUCGCUGAUCAGAAUAGUAUGACCGCGAUCUCGGCCGACCUGAUGGGAAGCCUACUGAGCUUGGACCCGGCGAAGCGGCCCACUGCCGUCCAGGCGCUCGAGCAUCGCUGGUUCUGGGUGGCUCCUUUGCCCGCAGAGAGGAAAGAGUGA